AUGCCGUCCAACAACGAGACCGCCGGACGCUCUCUUCUCGCGGACGUCGAAGCUCCCGCCAGCGACCUCUUCACGCGCCAUGGGUACCGCAAGCACCACGAGGGACACAAGUACCACCCGAAAACCGUCCUGCGCGUCGUCACCCGCAUCCAGGCGCUUACGCUCGAGCUGCUGCCCAUACAAGUCGACCUCGACGAUAUCACCUCGCCAACGUCGUCCAUCAUCACCAAGGACGUGAUCGAGGCGUACAGCUCGGUCGCAGGCGACUUUUACGACUGCCUCCCGUUCGCCCUCCUCGAGGCGAGGCGCUACUUUGCCCGCCAGCAGCGCAUCAACCCCUCGGACGCCGACGAGAAUGCCGGUCGCAAACUCGCCUGCGAAGCUCUCGCUCGCAAGAUUGUCGCCCGUACGCCGAUGCAGGACCAGUACGGUCUCCUCUCGAGGCGCUUCACGAUCGUCGAGUCGGACGGCGACGAAAGCCUCCCGCUUUCGGCGCUCGAGAGUGCAGUCGACCAGCAUGCGACGUUCUUCCUUUCGUCGAACGAGGCGCAGCGUUGCGUCUUUGCGCUGUGGAAGGGCCUCCUGAUCCAGACGCAGAAGGGCAACGAGAACAUCGAGUACCAGAUCUAUAAGGUCGACGCAGACCAGCAAGGCUUCCUCGCGCACUUCGACCCGGCGCGGAUCUCGGUACCUCGCUACCAAUUCUUCAUACGCAUAGCGCUCUGGAUCGUCUUCCUAGCCUGCUACACUAUCGCCCUCCAGACGCCCGACCGCGGAUUCGGGCCUGAAGACGUUCUUCUCUUUGUGCAAGUCGUCGGCUACGUCGUCGAGGAUGUUGUCAAGGUGUGGAAGAUCGGCUGGUGGGCUUGCGUGUCGUUCUGGCAGAUCAUCAACAUUCUCAUCUACACGUUCGCUACGGUCGCGUUCGUCUUCCGCUGCUUCGAUCUGGCGACCAAGGAUCCGGCUCAGCAGGACCGUUACCGCUACGCAGCAUUCCAAUGGCUCUCGCUCGCGGCGCCGCUCGUCUGGGCCAAGCUGCUCACGGUAUUCGACCUGUACCGCUUCUUCGGCGUCACGCAAAUCGUCAUCUGGCGCAUGCUCAAAGAAUCAGCCGUCUUCUGCCUCCUCCUCGCCAUCUUCGCCAUCGGUUUCCUACAAGCCUUGACUGGCCUUGACGUCGCCGACGAGCGCCGCGACUCGACUCACGCCGUCGUCCACUCGCUCAUCCAGGCGGUCCUAGGCUCUCCCAACUUUGACUUCUACGAUUCCGACGCUGCCUCGUACCCAUUCGGCAUCAUCCUGUACUACGCUUGGUCGAUCGCGACAAUCGUCAUCCUCCUCAACGUCCUUGUCGCGUUGUUCUCGUCCGCCUACGAGGAAUGCGUCGACGAAUCCGAGCCGACCUUCCUCGCCUUCUUUGCCGGCAAGACGGUCGCAACUAUCCGCGCGCCGGAUGAGUUCGUCUACCCCGCUCCAUUCAACCUCAUCGAACUCUGCAUCCUCCCGCUCGAGUUCUGCCUUUCGAAGGAGAGCUACGCCCGCCUCAACCGCGUCCUUAUGACCGGCCUCUUCUUCCUCCCUCUCGGCUUCAUCGCCUUCUGGGAGACGCACCUCUCUCCCCUCCGCCAAAAAGACAUGCGAGACCUCCUUGUCGAGCCGGACGAGUACCAGCAGCCUGAAGAGGAUCCAGAACCGUUCCGCACUGAGGACGGAGAGGAGGACGAGUAUGACCAUGCGGGCGAGCCGGAGGGGAUGCAGAUCAGCAAGGUCAAGUUUGAGGACUUGAAGAAGAAGUUGCCGAACCUCGAACGCAGCGUCGCCGGCGAAACGCUCUACCAACUCCUCGACCUCAAGAAAGAACUCGCCUCUCUCCGCGCGGAAAUCGCUUCGCUCCGGAACGACGAGGAGAAGCGGAAGGAGGAGGAGGAGAAGGCGAGAAAGGCGGGGGAGGCGGCGAAGGAGGAGAGGGAGACGGAUCUCGAGUAG